AGCGGCGCUGGGAGGAAAGGGCGGGGCCUCUGCGCCUCCCUGCGUGGUGACGCCACUUCCGCCUGGGUCGACGUGGCUCGGGGCCGCCAUCUUCUGAGGCAGGAGGACGAAGCGGUUGCUCGGAGGGAAGGCCGGAAGGGAGACGCGACGCCAUGGUGCUCUUGGCUGCCGCCGUCUGCACCAAGGCCGGGAAGGCCAUCGUCUCGCGCCAGUUUGUGGAGAUGACCCGGACGCGCAUCGAGGGGCUGCUGGCGGCCUUCCCCAAACUCAUGAACACCGGGAAGCAGCACACUUUCGUGGAGACGGAGAGCGUGCGCUACGUCUACCAGCCCAUGGAGAAGCUCUAUAUGGUGCUCAUCACCACCAAGAACAGCAACAUCCUGGAGGACCUGGAGACGCUGCGGCUCUUCUCCCGAGUGAUCCCUGAAUACUGCAGAGCGCUAGAAGAGAACGAGAUCUCGGAGCAUUGCUUUGACCUAAUAUUUGCCUUUGACGAGAUCGUGGCCCUCGGCUACCGAGAGAACGUCAACCUGGCUCAGAUCCGCACCUUUACCGAGAUGGACUCCCACGAGGAGAAGGUCUUCAGAGCCGUCCGGGAGACACAGGAGCGCGAAGCCAAGGCAGAAAUGCGGCGGAAAGCCAAGGAGCUGCAGCAGGCGCGCCGGGACGCUGAGCGCCGGGGCACCAAAGCGCCAGGUUUCGGGGGGUUUGGCAGCUCUGCCGUCUCGGGAGGGACCACGGCCGCCAUGAUCACAGAGACCAUCAUUGAGACCGAGAAGCCCAAAGUGACUCCAAUCCCAUCCAGGCCAUCUGGCUCCAACAAGGCACUCAAGCUUGGUGCCAAAGGGAAGGAAGUGGACAAUUUUGUGGACAAGCUGAAAUCUGAAGGAGAGAACAUCAUUGCCUCUUCAAUCGGGAAGCGCUCCUCGGAUGCAGCCGCGGUCCUUGCACCGCCCAUUAACAUGGAGAGCGUGCACAUGAAAAUAGAAGAGAAAAUCUCCCUGACCUGUGGCCGAGACGGGGGCCUCCAGAACAUGGAGCUGCAUGGCAUGAUCAUGCUGCGGAUCCUGGACGAAAAGUUUGCCCGGAUUCGCAUCCAUGUUGACAACGAGGAUAAGAAGGGGGUGCAGCUCCAGACCCACCCCAAUGUGGACAAGAAGCUUUUCACCACGGAGUCUCUGAUCGGCCUGAAGAACCCGGAGAAAUCUUUCCCCAUCAACAGCGACGUGGGAGUGCUGAAGUGGCGGCUGCAGACGACAGAGGAGUCUUUCAUCCCGCUGACCAUUAACUGCUGGCCCUCAGAGAGCGGAAGCGGCUGCGACGUCAACAUCGAGUACGAGUUGCAGGAGGAGGGCCUGGAGCUGAACGACGUGGUGAUCACCAUCCCGCUGCCGCCUGGGGUGGGCGCCCCCGUGAUCGGGGAGAUUGACGGGGAGUACCGCCACGACGCCCGGAGGAACCUCCUCGAGUGGUGCUUGCCGGUCAUCGACGCCAAAACCAAGAGCGGCAGCCUGGAGUUCAGCAUCGCCGGGCAGCCCAACGACUUCUUCCCCGUCCACGUCUCCUUCGUCUCCAAGAAGAACUACUGCAACAUCCAGGUUACCAAAGUGACCCAGGUGGAUGGGAACAGCCCCGUGAGGUUCUCCACGGAGACCACUUUCCUGGUGGACAAAUACGAGAUCCUGUAGCCCUCUCCGCUGGGAAGGAGCGACCAAGACUGGAGCCGUUGGGGAGGGGGGAAACAGGCGGCGGCUUUCCCACGUUUCCGGGAGACACGGAGCUUUGCCCGCCGACCUUCUCACGGGCACAGCCGGGCAGGGAGAGACUGCUUGCUCCUCUGGCGCAGCCCUAGGCCCCUUCCUCUCCUCCUCCAUCCUUAAGCUCACUCCUCCUCUGCUUCCAUUCCCAGCAGCCCCCUCCCCAAUACCCCAAACUCCUCCUCCUCACUGGGUGUUAUGGAGCCACCUCCUCCCUGUGGUUGGUGUGGGUUUGCUGCUGAAGUGACUCUUUCCAAAGUGUCCUGGGAUGGGGGAGGGAUGGGAAGGGAGGUCUAGCUCAGCCCUGUAGAGGAGUCGCCAUGAAUCUUACUGAUCCAGCCGUCUUGUCUGAUUUUUAAAAGGCAUAGUUCCAACAACAAAUUUAGGGGGUCUUUUUUUUCGGGUGGGGGAGGUGAUAUUUAAAGGAGAUUUUGUAACCCUGUCGAAUAAUGCGUUUAGGCCUUAUAACACAUUCCAGUGUACACACAGAGAGAGCCCCUGCCCCUGAAACCAAUAAAGAAUAUUCUGCAAGGA